CGGCGUUAACUCAUCUCAUGAAGCCUUCAAACAAACGCUGUGACUAAGCCUGUUUAAAGCGCUUUAUGAAGUGUAUCUGGCGAGAGCGGGGGCGGUGUAUUGCCUAGUAUUAUUUAGCAAAAGCCCUUAGCAGGUGUCCGUGUCGUAACUCACAGUCGUGGCACCCAAAAUCGGGUUGAAUGCGCCAGAGGAUUGAUUGUUAAGGCCUGAUCACAGCAAGGGAAAAAAAAAAAAAUAAUAGAUGGACACACCUCUUCACUCGGAGCCAGCUGUAUGGCAGGACUCGCUCGCUUCCUUAAUCUGCAAACGCUAGAGUCGCUUAGAUCCGGGUGAAGGAGUGAGGACAGGAGGAGUGAACCAGAAACGAAAGAAGAAGAAGAAGAAGAAGAAGAGGUGAAAUACGCACGGGGAGUUAUAUAGGCUAUAGAUUACACAUAACAGCGAAGCGAGGACAGUCUUCUAUAGUAAAAAGAUGGCCUCCGCUAACGAGUCCCGGCAGUCUCAGAAGGACGCAGUGGAUCAGAACUUCGACUACAUGUUCAAGCUGCUGAUCAUCGGGAACAGCAGUGUGGGGAAGACCAGCUUCCUGUUCCGCUACGCUGACGACUCCUUCACCUCGGCCUUCGUCAGCACGGUGGGCAUCGACUUCAAGGUGAAGACCGUGUACCGCAACAACAAGAGGGUCAAGCUGCAGAUCUGGGACACCGCUGGCCAGGAGAGGUAUCGCACCAUCACGACCGCCUACUACAGGGGAGCCAUGGGAUUCCUGCUGACGUAUGACAUCACCAACCAGGAGUCCUUCAACGCAGUGCAAGACUGGGCGACGCAGAUCAAGACCUAUUCCUGGGACAAUGCGCAGGUCAUUUUAGUCGGUAACAAGUGUGACCUGGAAGAUGAUCGGGUCGUCCCAACGGAGGAAGGCAGGAGGCUGUCCGACGAGCUAGGUUUUGAGUUUUUUGAAGCCAGUGCGAAGGACAACAUCAACGUGAAGCAGGUGUUUGAGAGGCUGGUGGACAUUAUCUGCGAGAAGAUGAACGAGAGUCUAGAUUCGGACCCCACGGUCAUGAACAAUAAGACCCCCACGCUGAACGAGAGCCCGCCUCCCAGCCAGGGGGGCUGUGCCUGCUAGAGACCCCUCCAAACUACAAUCUCAUCACUGCACCUGCUAGAGACCCCUCCAAACAACAAUCUCAUCACUGC